AUGUCCAAGGUUGGCAACCCCCAGGUCUAUGUCGACGGCGACCAGAGGAACGACAAGGUCACCGACCAUAAUAUUCCUCCGAAGUACGACGAGGGCCAGGAUAAUUCGCACCUGGAUCUUGACUCGAAGGACGAGCGAAGCAUCGGAAAUCGUCUCGCUGCUGCAUCAAAACACGACCGUGAAGUCGAGCGAGAGAAAGCCUUCUCGCAGGCUAACCCCAACGUCGACCCAUUGGGGCCUGCACGUGCACACGGGAACGAACCGUCGAGAGGUGCCCAGAUCGAUGCUGAGCUGAAGGCCGAGGAUGAGGAGAUGCUUCGCAAAAAGCAGAAGUAG